AUGCAAUUGAUGAAGCUAAUCAGUUACGAGAAACACCAAAAAGUGAAGUAAUGUCCUUCUUUGAGUCAGCUCCACCACUAAAGGAUGCUGCUGAAAUUGAAAAAAGUUUGAAGGAAUUCGUUGAUCACAAUACUUCAUCAUCAGUGAAUGGAAAAGCAAAAAGGGUGGUGUGUAUUACUUCGGGUGGUACAACUGUUCCUUUGGAAAAACAAUGUGUUCGUUAUAUCGACAACUUUAGCUCUGGUCAUAGAGGGGCUGCAUCCACAGAAUACUUUCUGAAGGCCGGUUAUUCUGUAGUCUUUCUCUACCGUAGAGGGUCAUGCCAGCCAUUUUGUAGUUCUCUGCCUGAUGAUCCGCUGCUAGCGUGCUUUAGUGUUGCUGAUGAUUCAAGUAUUGAAGUGGACGCAUUGCAUGCUGAAACAGUGAAGAGAGCCAUUACUGAAAAUCGUGCAGCAGUUGCUGAGGGAAUCCUGUUGAAACUUCCAUUUACAACAAUUUUCGAGUAUUUGCAGAUUCUUCAGCUAAUUUCUGUGUCUUUGAGGGACUUUGGGCCUAGUGCUAUUUUUUUUCUUGCAGCUGCAGUUUCUGAUUUUUAUGUUCCAUGGGAUAGCAUGGCUUUACAUAAAAUCCAGUCAGCAUCUGGUCCUCUGGAUAUGCGACUCGCCCAAGUACCAAAGAUGCUUUCACUGCUUAGGAAUGAGUGGGCACCGAUGGCCUUCCACAUAUCUUUUAAGCUAGAAACAGACACAGAUAUCCUUUUAGCACAGUCUAAUAUGGCCCUCAAGAAAUACAAGAUGCAUAUGGUGAUAGCUAACGAACUAUCAACCCGUAAAGAGGAAGUUAUAGUUGUCACUGAGCAGGAAAAAGUCACUGUUCGUAGGGACAGCACUCGGGCAGGGGCUGAGGUCGAGUCUCCAUUGGUUGAGCUUGUGGUUGAUAGACAUUCAACAUAUAUCAACAAGUUUGAUGCAUAACAACUAUGGGUGGAUCAGCAUUUUAUCACUGAAAUAUGGAGUAACACCUUACAUGGACAUUUCAGUAAAGCAAAAUUAGUGCAACUAAUUGUUCAAAAAUAAAUACACAACCUCAGGCUACCCUGUAAAAGAGAAAAGAAAGAGUGUUUCUUUAGCUUGUUUUUAUUUUUGAUUGGCAAUAUGUGUUUCGUGUUGUGGAA